AUGAAGUUUUCGAGUCUAAAAUUAUGCCAAGCAGUUAGCGAAGCGCUGCUAAAAGGACGUCGCAAAAGUUUUUUGCGAAUUUAUGGAAGUGUAAUCAUCAUACAAACACUCUUUGUCAUUUACAUUGAGGAAUUCGCAAUGCCAACUCCAGAUAUAAUGUACGAUAUUCGCAUGAAGUAUUCUCAGGAAUUUAGAGAUUUCGCCCGGGGUAAUAUAUAUGGUAUCAAAGAUUUUCGUCGAAUUGGUGACGAGCUAGGAAACAGUGCAAAUUAA